AUGCUGUCAAAGGGACUUGUGAUCAGACUAGCCAGGUUUGGUAGAAAGCACCAACCUUUGUAUAACAUUGUUGUUGCCAAUAAGAGGACUCCAAGAGACUCUUUGCCUGUUGAAGUCAUUGGAACAUACAAUCCAGUCCCAAUACCUGUAGCUCCAGAGAACAAAGAGUCAAAUGAGAAGCCUUACAAGCAUAUUGAGCUAGAUUUCCACAGGGCACGCUACUGGUUGGGUGUCGGUGCUGACACUAGCGAUAGAGUCUCCUUUUUGUUCAAGAGAGCAGGUCUUCUUCCAGAACUGUGGCCCAAACCUGACAAAUUGAGUCAAGUUAUCCAAAAGCCUGUCACCAAUGGCGCUGAAGUUGUCUUUGAGGAACCAAAGGAGCUUGUCAGACCUAGAGACUAA